AUGGCCGUGUACUACCGCUACAAGAGCGGCGUGCAGACGUUCUCCGUCCCCGUGCAGGCACCCUUCGUCUCCGUCGCCGAGCUCAAGGGGCUGAUCCUGGGGACCGCCCGCCACGGCCACAGCCGGACGCGCGGCCGCGGGCCGAGGGAGGGCGUCGCGCUCUCCGACCCGCGGACCGGCGACGAGUACGCCGACGGCACCGCGCUCGUCCCCCGCGGCUCGACCGUGCUGGUGCGCCGGGUCGCCGGGCCCCUCGCCGAGGCCAUCACGGUCGCCGCCUCACCCCCGCCGCCGCGCAAACCGACGGCACCUGCUGAUGGCGGCGCAUCAUCGUCGACCGUGUCAUCGAGUUCGAGCGCCGAGGACGACGAGGAAGCCAGGGCCAUCGACGCCGUCAUCGAUGCCGCGCGGCUCGAGUGGGGAGAUCAGCGCCGGUAUCAAGGAGCGCGCCGCUACGGCCACCGUGGCACGCUCGAGGGAAGGGCGGCGCCGCCGGCUGGGUACGUGUGCCACAGGUGCCGCGUCCCGGGGCACUUCAUCCAGCAUUGUCCCACUAACGGCGAUCCGAGAUACGACAUCAGAGCUCAGGCGCCAUCCAUGUCCAGCACCAGUCUGCUGCCUACUCCGCCGCCGGUGUCCACGACCCCCGACGACGGAGUCCCACCGGAGCUCCACUGCAAGAUCUGCAGCAAGGUGAUGGCGGACGCGGUGGUGGCCUCCAGGUGCUGCUUUGGCAGCUUCUGCGACGCCUGCAUCAGGGGCCGGAUCGCCGCCGGGUCCACGUGCGUGUGCGGCGCGCGGUCUCGCGCCGACGACCUGAUCCCCAACCUGACGCUGCGCGCCACCAUCGCCAAGCUCCUUGCGACGGCGAGGCCCGCAGGAAGCGGAUCGGGCGGCGCAGACAAUAACCGGAAGAGCUCGGCCGGCAGCAACGCGGAGCCCACGCCGUCGCCGGGUGCGUUCGCCUCGCAGGAGAGCUGGAGGCACGUCACGGCGACCGCCUGCUCGGAGCGCAGCGACGGGAGCGCUUCAUCAACGUCGACGAGCGCGGCGGCUACGGCGGCGCGUGAGCCAAGAACGAAGCAGACUGCGGCGGCAUCGUCGGCAGGAAUCGGGGAGCCCGCCGCAGGCUACCCCGAGCAAUACGGAUACGGGAACCCGUUCGGCCCGCCGGCGUGCUACGAUCCUUUCUUCGGUGCGACGCCGUGGGCAUGUGGUCCUUACCUGCACUAUGACGUGCCUUACGGUGGCGGCUACACGGAUGUCCCGGCGCCGGCCGGCUACCACGACGGAUGCCAUGGGAGGAGGAGGAGGACGGCCGAUGAGGAGUAUCAUAGACACGUGGAGGCUGAUGGCUUCAAGAGAAGAUGCAGAGGAAGAUCGGAGGUUGCUUUCUGA